GGAUCUACACAACUGAUGGUAUAUCGGUCAGGAUAGGAGGGACGAGCGUCUUUUUCGCUCCCAGGCGUGUCCAUCGAGAGAAGAACAUACAUUGCUAUGAUGAGCUCCUGUCUUAAUCGACAAUACUGCGCUCUCAUGUCGCCUAUCCAAAAAUGUUUCCACAUAGACACCCGCACACAAUCCACUGGAUCGUAGUAUCCUUGGUUCUUUUCUUGUCUUCCUUAACAUCAUCGCAAUCAACAGCAACGGUAACCAGUUCAUCAGGCGUCUCUUCGGUCACCCAAUCUUCUUGGACGGAGUCGUCCUUGAAAGAGGAUACACAGACUACCGCCAGAAUUGCGGCAGUCAAUGAUACGACUUUUGGGACAGCUGGGGGAACAGCUCCCCAAUCCGAUACGACAGCUACAACAACGACGCAUAAUCUAGUGACAGCGACCACUCCUAUACCCUUAGCUGCUACUCUAGGGCUCAUUAUGCCUAACCCUUGGCAAACAUUAUAUACAGAGCUCAAUUACACUUUUGGUUUUGUUGAUGCGGUCCCAAGGCCAGCCCCAACUUAUGGGGGAUGGAUGAGAGAAGUUGUCCCUCUCAUCAUCAUGUCGAACUACACCGUCGACGUACUUCCUUCCAGUGGCUCAGAAGAUCCUACUAGCGUCGAAGCCAUCCCUGUUGGCAGCACUGGCCUUUGCGGAACCACUGCCGAGAAUUUCCCAAUUGGAUAUCCCUUCAGGUUCACAACACCAGGAUGGUACAUGUUUGUUGUGAAUCAAACAUACAUGCAAGCGAACAUUACAGAGAACAACCAAUGUAGCUGGCCAAUACUCCAACAAAAAUCCUUUUUUGCUACCCAGAUUUUCUCCCUUGCGGCUUAUCCCACUGUAUCCCCCGGUCCAGCAUCACCUACUUCUGCAUACACUGUUUGGGCUGACGUCAGCACCACCACACCUGGCAGCCUUCCCAUCGACGCGGAGCCAACGACAGAAGGCCAGAAACUGGGCUUGGCAUUAGGCAUUGCAGGAGGGGUAUUAGGUCUUGCCAUCAUAGCUAGCAUUAUUUGGUGGGUGCGGAAGAAGAGAAAUUUGGAAGCCGAGUGUCUCGCUUUCUCUAGACUUCCAUCCCAAGAACAAGAAGCGUUUUUACGAGAACAUGCGAAAAAUCUGAGACCUUUCCUCAAUACACGACAACCCCAGUAUCCUGACAGGAAUGGGUUAUACCGCUACCAAGCCCCCCCUUCUGCUCCACCAGGAACGAUGGCUUAUGCUCUGUGGUAUAGUCGACAAUUGUGGAACAAUCAAGUCAUGCAACGACAGAAUCCAUCUAUCUGGAAUAACAAAUAUGGGUUUGAACCUCGUAUGGGGAAUGCAGUAGCUCUGGGGCCCGAGUCGAACAUGUUGAAUCCGGUGCAUAUUCCGUACGCGCAACAGCACGCGCAGGUGUAUGGUCCGCAUUAGAUUUUACAGAGAAGAAUACUCUUUCAUUAAUAGUGUUCCUAUGACAUUGUAUGGACUACACAAU